CGCGGACCUGCCAACGCCCGGCGCAGAGAAACAAACAGAAAGGAUACGAUCUUGAAUGAGAACAGUGGAUCCUAAGAAAGCACAGCUAUGCAGACGAUCAAGUGCGUUGUGGUUGGCGAUGGUGCCGUUGGUAAAACCUGUCUUUUAAUCUCCUACACGACUAACAAAUUCCCGUCUGAAUAUGUACCAACGGUCUUUGAUAACUAUGCAGUAACGGUUAUGAUCGGAGGAGAACCGUACACCCUCGGACUGUUCGAUACCGCAGGUCAGGAAGAUUACGAUAGAUUACGACCUUUGAGCUACCCUCAGACAGAUGUCUUCUUAGUCUGUUUCUCCGUUGUUUCGCCCUCUUCAUUUGAAAAUGUCAAAGAAAAGUGGGUACCUGAGAUCACCCACCACUGUCCAAAGACCCCCUUCCUGCUGGUGGGGACGCAGAUUGACCUGAGAGAUGACCCCUCCACCAUUGAGAAGCUUGCCAAGAAUAAACAGAAGCCCAUCACCCCAGAGACAGCCGAGAAGUUGGCCCGUGACCUGAAGGCAGUCAAAUAUGUGGAGUGCUCUGCUCUCACACAGAAAGGCCUAAAGAAUGUAUUUGACGAGGCGAUUUUGGCAGCCCUGGAGCCCCCUGAGCCCAAGAAGAAGCGUAAAUGUGUGCUGUUAUGAGCGCUCACUCUACCACCCCCCCCCCCUUUUUUCUCUCUCCUUCUCCCCCCUUCCUUGCUCUGCUAAGGCUGGUCAACAGCUUUAUACUCUAAAAGCAAUGUAUACAAGAAAUGAGUUUAAAUUUUUUUUGCUCUGCAAUAAGGGUUCAAAGAUAUUACCCUGCACACAUAAAAAGAGGAGGGGAGAAGGUAAAUAUACCAGAUUUUUUUUUUUUUCCCCUUUACUCCACCACACCCAUCAGCAAAGCAGUCUAACACGCCUUUUCUAGUUUGGACCACAAGUGUCCAGUCUCAGUACUGCAUGGUGAAUUUUAGAAACGGGGCCUUGAUCUUCUUCACUUAGGAUCUAGGUUUCCAUAGACACAAGCGUUUUAGAAACCCAUAAUGCAAUCUGAAACGCUGUUUUUAGAAUCCGUUAAAGGCAUAUCCAGGUUCUCUCAUCAGAUAUGCUGUUGCUGUGCGGCUGUUGGUUAGUCAUGUAGACGCAUAUUAAGAUUUCCCGGGUAAACGGAUUGAAUGACCCGCAGUCUUUAAGAAAAACAAAAGUCCAUUCAUUUGACUGAAUUAUGACCCACCGUCGAUAGAUGAGCACAUGAGUUUUCUCUCCUAUCCUUUCUUUAACCGUAGGCCAUCGCCUGAAGUGCUUGGAAGUUAGCUCCGUUUUUUUUUUUUGUUUGUUUGGUUUUUUUUUUUUUUUCUUUGCCAAUGUAUUCCCACAUGAUAAAUGUUUGAGGAAAUAGCCACGUAAAUGAAUCAUUUGCAAUGGGUAUUUUUGGACUAGUUUGAAGAAUUGGUCUGCUCAUGCAGGGAACUUUAUAACAGUGUUAGCAGAACAAGUGGUGUGUUCUAAUGUGUUGCCAGGGACCAUGGAAGCAUAUAUCUGAAACUUGUUGUCAUGCAUGCUGAUAAAAGGCCUCCUAGUCCCUGUGGUUAGGUUAACAUAAUUAAUAAUAAUGUAAGCCGACGGAUGUUGUAGGCUCCAGUUGUUUUUAUCAAUACUGUUUUGUUUUGUUUUUGUUGACACUUUUUUUUUUUUUUUUUAAAUUUUGUACUGGUUUCUUUCACUCCUCUGCCCAGUUAGGGGCUGGAUCCCUGUAACACUCAGAUCCAUCUGUAACUGUUUGUAGUAAACGCUACCCCCUCCAGAUGUAAAACACUUGAUCAAACCAUGCUUGUGAUAUUGAACAGGUGGAUCAAAGGUGAUUUUAUUUCCAGCCCAAGUCUUUAUAACCUUUUUUUUUUUUUUUUUGUCUGUCUGUUUGUUUUGGUGUCAAACCAAAUGCUAUGUAUGAAGUCUGUCCUUUGUACUGUAUCAGCAUUCUUUUAAAAAA